CAAGAAUAUCACCCGCCUUUUACUACAACAACAACAAAGAGACAUUUCUCUUCUUCGCCAUCGCAAUCAAGAAUUUUAAUUUUAACUUACAAAUCUUAAUAUGGCAGCUUCUAAUUAUUUGAAUCGCUUUCCAUUCAAGAAAUUCCCUGUAACUACCAUUCCAAUUCCCCUGCUAAUUCAUGGCGCGGUGGGAUUCUUCUUUCUGUAUAUAAUCUUUGAUUGUGCACGAAGACUUUUUACCUUUUUGUCCUUUGCUGAAUCCCAAGUGUGUGAAAAGAACAAGACUCCCAAAAAACUGAAAUCUAUUAGCGAGAAAUUAGUUGAUGGAAGCUUAAACAGGGAAGAGGUGGAAAUGGUUAUGGCUAAUUUAGGUAUUUUUGCCAAUCCUGAAGGUGUGAAGAUUCAGGGGAGGUUGGAUUCUAAUGACAUUUUUGAACUUUUCGGAGAGGAAUUAGAAGCUAAAGAACAAGAAGUAAGAGAAGCUUUUGAUGUUUUUGAUGAGAACAAAGAUGGAUUUAUCAACGAAAGGGAUUUGCAGAGAGUUCUGUGUGCUCUGGGAUUAAAGGGAGUAGCAGAAUUGGAUAAUUGCAAGAAGAUGAUCAUGGCCUUCGAUGAAAAUGGAGAUGGAAGAAUCGAUUUCCAGGAAUUUGUCAAAAUGUUGUAA